UCCAACUCUCUCACAAUCCAUAAACUGCAAAACCAAAAAGCAGCAAGCAAAACACUCCCACCAACCGCUCUAAUCUAAUCUAAUAUUCAACACAAAGAUGAAGUUCUUCCGCUCCUCGACUUCUGACUCUGUCAGCUCCACCGCCUCUUGCAAGUCCAUCUCUUCUUCCAGUAGUAGCCGAAGCAGCAAGAAGCCUCUCCGUUCCCGCGGCGAAUUCAUUGCGGAUUCCAUGAAGCACAUGAGCAGCCAUGAUGUGAUUGAAAUGCUCGAGAUGUACGGCAGCACCGAUGGCAACAUGGCCAUGGAUUGUCUCCAGAGCCUCAAGGUCUCACCACCUGUCACCUCCAAGAAGCACCGAAGCAAGAGCAAGCGAUCGUCCAGCAGCCGUGGAUCAACCUCCUCUUCCUCUUCUUCUGGCGUGUGAGCAUGACAGCAAAGAACACCAGGGCUAUCUUUCCUCCACAUUUUCAAUACUCCUACAUCGUAGACAUCUUAAGCCUUUCCUAAACUCUGCAU